AUGAGCGAGGUGCAGCAUCCUAUCUGCGGCUUCGUGCCUCCACAUGUUCUCGAGGCUAUAGCCGGCUCUACUUCCGUCCCGGAAGAGUGUCGUAUUGCAUGCCACUAUACACUCAAGCAUGCAGGAUCCUAUAAAGAUCAACACCAUCAGCUGGGUUGGAAAGCUCAUGUUCGUAGCCCGUCCACCAAAUCCAAGGAGGAUCGUACUACGGCACUGCAACCGGUGCAGCAACCUCUGACCGCAGCAGGUGCCGAGCUUGCAGUGCCUGUGCAAAGAAAGAUCUACGAUUGCAAGGAGACCCAGGCUCGCCCAGGAACCCUUGUCAGAUCAGAGGGACAGGAGCGGAUCAAAGACCGCCAAGGCAACAACUGCUACGAUGGAUUCAAAAUCACGCACGACUUCUACUCCAAGAUCUUUGGACGCAACUCCAUCGAUGACAGGGGGCUCGCGCUUGUUGGCAGUAUUCAUUACAAGCUCAAUAGCGCACCAGCCGGGUACAAUAAUGCCUUCUGGGACGGCAACAAGAACCAAAUGGUUUUCGGCGACGGCGACCACAUCGCCUUUGACUAUCUCACCGACUCGCCGGAUGUGAUCGCUCACGAAUUGUCCCACGGGUUUGUGCAAUUCACCUCACCACUGGAAUACUACUGGCAAGCCGGAGCAUUGAAUGAAUCUUGUGCCGACGUCUUCGGCUGUAUGAUUGAGCAAUGGCAUAUGCGGCAGAGUGUGGACGACGGGGACUGGAAUGUCGGCCAAACGGUCUUCCCGGUCUCGUUCAGGGGCACCGCCCUCAGGACAUUGAAGGCUGGGAAGGCACUAUUCCGAAGACCCUAUCUCUACACCGGCGGAGCAGACAACAGAGGGGUCCAUAUCAACUCGGGAAUCCCGAAUCAUGCAUUCUAUCUGGCUGCGAAAUCUCUACGGGGAUACUCAUGGGAAAAGGCCGGCAAAGUGUGGUACAAAACCAUGACCUCAGGUAAGAUCCCGUCUAAUUGCGACUUUGCGACUUUCGCGGCGGUCACGGUCGACGUCGCUGGGAAAGAGUUCAUUGACGCGUCGGUGGAGAACGCGAUUCGUGAUGCGUGGGUCAAGGUUGGCGUCCUUGCUCCAAAUGUGUCUUUGAAGGCGUUGCUCUGA